GUAUGAACUUGGAUUUGGAGCUCGAAGCAAAAUCAAACUCCAACACACCCUUCAAUUCUUCUCUCAAUUCUCACAGCUAUUCCAUAAAUCAAUGACACCAUUGCAAGAUUCGAGGUGCAUCGACCAAUUGUUCCCUUGCAAUUUAGAUUUGCCCUUUAUGUGCUAUUUAGAUUUGUCAUGCACUACUCUUUGUUCUGUAUUUUUGACUCAAAGGAUGUGUGGGAAUUAGUGCAAUGGCAACAUCCACCAAGUUUGAUCUAUCUUCCAGCAGCCCAGAUAGACCAUUGUACACUGGGCAGCGUGGAUCCCACAUAGGUUUUUCAUUAGAUAGAUCAGGUAGCUUUCGUGAAAGCGUGGAAAAUCCAAUUCUGUCGACCCUUCCAAACAUGUCAAGAAGCAGUUCUUCAGCAACACAAGGGGAUUUGUUGAACUUCUUCAAUGGCGUGCGUUUUGAUCCAAAGUUGAUGGCUCCAGACCACAAGUCUAAUCGUCAAACGGAUUAUAAACGGCAUGUCAGUGCUGUUCUUGGAAUUUCACCUGAUGAAUCUCCAUCUACUUCUGCAAAAGGCAAGCAGUUGCCAUCCCCAGUACCAGAAGAUAUCAAACGACUCAGGGAUGGUUUACACGCAAGCUUUACACGGGCAAGGGAACGUGCUGAAAUGUUCAGUAAAGCCUUAUUUAGAUUUAACAGAGUUUUCCAAAGUAUAACUACUUCAAAGAAGAGAUCUCGUGCGGAAACUUUUUCUAAUGACCGUUCUAGUUUCACGUUAAGUGAUCGGUCAGUCUUAGGGCCAAGCAUAGGUAAAGUUGGAGUUCAAGGUCAUGCUGUCACAGGUGGUUUCGAACAUGAGCAGCAAAAGUUGGAAGAAAGAACCAAAAAUAUUGUUCCAAACAAGCGCACUAGAACUUCUUUGGCUGAUGUAAGGAUGGAUGUGCGGCCUAAUUCUUCUGUCAGGCCAUCUGGGACUGUAGAUAAAGAUAAAGAAAUGCUUCGGAUUUCCAAUAGUGGUGCAGUUCAGGGCGAGGAACGAGUUUUACCGAUUGGAGUUGAUGGUUGGGAGAAGUCAAAAAUGAAAAAGAAGCGUUCUGGCACCAAACCAGAUGGGUCUCCAAGUUCAGCAUUGACAAAACCUGUUAACAUUUUCCAAGAAACUAAACAAGGAAUGCAACAAAGAUUAGCUACUGAUGCUCGGUCAAAAUUGAGUAAUGAUUCUCAUGCUUUCAGGCCGGGGGUUUCUAAUGGAACUGUGGGAGCUGGAAAAUUAGAUGGCAUCUCUCAACAAACUGGGUUGGGCAUACGUGUCUCUACCCCUAGAAGUGACCUAGAUAAUAAUUCUGCCGUCAAUAAUAGGCGGGAUCGUCCUCUUAAUUCUGAGAAGGAAAGGGUAAACUUCAGAGCGAUUAAUAAGGCAACUAUACGUGAUGAAUUUAAUUCAGCUAGCCCAAAUUCAAGUGCAAGAAUGAAGACUUCUAUUCGGGCACCACGAUCAGGUUCAGGAGUUGCCCCCAAGUUGUCGCCAGUUGUCAAUAGAUCAGCUGUUCCUGAUGAUUGGGAGCUGUCUCAUUGUUCCACCAAGCCCCCUGCCAGUGUUGGGACUAACAAUCGCAAACGUGUGGCAUCGGCACGAUCAUCCUCCCCACCUGUUGUCCACUGGCAGAGGCCUCAAAAGAGCUCACGCACUUCCAGAAGAACAAAUUUUGUGCCCAUUGUUUCAAGUAAUGAUGAUUCCCCUGCUUUGGAUUCUGUAUCAGAUGUGACUGGUAAUGAUCUUGGUUUGGGAUUUGCCAGACGUUUGGCUGGCAGUUCUCCUCAGCAAAUUAAAUUAAAAGUUGAUUCUUUAUCUUCAGCUGCCUUAUCUGAAAGUGAAGAGUCAGGGGUGGCUGAGAUUAAACCUAAACAGAAAGGCAGGAAACCAGAAGAGAUAGAACGGAAAGCUGGACAAAAUGUUCAAAAGGUUUCUAACGUGGUUCUUCCAACAAGAAAAAAUAAGCUUUUCUCUGGGGAAGAACAUGGAGAUGGUGUCCGGAGGCAAGGGAGGACAGGACGCAGUUUUUCUGCCACAAGGUCGCUGAUGCCAAUGACAUCUGAGAAGCUUGGAAAUAUAGGGACUGUAAAGCAACUUAGAAGUUCAAGACUAGGAUUUGAGAAGAGUGAAAACAAGGCAGGUCGUCCACCAACCAGGAAACUUUCUGAUCGUAAGGCAUAUGUGCGUCAAAGGCAUACAGCUAUUAGUGCAUCAGCAGAUUUUCUUGUUGGGUCAGAAGAUGGACAUGAAGAGCUACUGGCUGCUGUAAAGGGUGUUAUCAACUCUACUUGUGCCUUUUCCUCCCAAUUCUGGAGGCAGAUGGAGCCUUUCUUUGGUUUGAUAACUGAGGAAGAUCUUGCUUACUGGAAACAAAAGAGGAAUUUUGAAUCAAGCGGAAUGAGGCCAACUCCAGUUCCUUCAUAUAUAGGUGAUUGUGAAGCUGUUGUUAAUGGGUUUGGGUUGACUGGCUGCGAAAGAGAUGUUGGACGUGGUGCUCAAGGGGGUGCUGGAAUUGUUACAGAACGGCUACAACUGGCUGAAACAGAUUGCAAUGUAGUUCCCCUCUGUCAAAGGCUAAUAUCUGCUUUAAUUUCAGAGGAGUGUAGAAGUGAAAGUGAAGAUCUCAUGUUUGAUGCUUAUGAUACUGAAUUUGAGACAGAUGGGGAGUUGGAACUGAGCAGUUUGGAUGACUACUCACGAGCUGAUUAUCAGUUUGCUUGUCAUUCUGCUUACAAUGGUUGUAGGAUAUUGGGGAUGCCAGUUCAUGACAAGACUGACAGUGAUAUAGUUGAUGUUCCAUCAACUGGGUUGAAUUCAAGCCAGAACAUGCCUAACCUGACCUGUUCAGAGUUGCAAUAUGAUACCUUGGAUAUGAAUGACAGGCUUCUCUUGGAGCUUCAAAGCAUUGGAAUUACCCCAGAACCAGUGCCUGAAAUGUUGCAAACAAGUUAUGAAGGAAUUUGUGAGGAUAUCACUAUGUUAGAGGAGCAUUACCAAGGACAGAUUUCCAGGAGGAAAGGCUUGCUAGAUGGAUUAUUGAAAUCUGCCUCAGUGACAAAAGAACUUCAAGAAAAGGAUUUUGAACAGCGGGCUCUAGACAAACUCAUCGUGAUGGCUUAUGAGAAAUACAUGAUUUGUCGGGGUUCUAGUCCCUCAGGUGGGAAAAAUGCAAGCAACAAAAUGGCCAAGCAAGCUGCAUUGGGAUUUGUUAAACGUACAUUGGAUCGGUGCCAUCAAUUUGAAGAGACAGGGAAAAGCUGCUUCAACGAGCCUAUAUUCAAGGAUAUGUUCAUUGCUGCUGCUUCCCAGCUGAGUAUUGUUCGGCAAUUAGAUGGCAUGGAGGCUGAAUCUGCAAAACCAUAUACUUCUUCCUUUUCACUGGAAGCAAGAACAGCUUCCAUGGGUUCACAGCAGAGCCCUUCGCAAUUUAGUCAGAAUAUGAAUAAUCAUGAUCUCAAUUCAUUGAAUAUUCUUCCUGCUAUAAAUAAUUCGUCUGAACAAACUAGUGGGAAGGAAGAUAUAUGGUCAAACAGGGUGAAGAAAAGGGAAUUAUCCCUUGAUGAUGUUGGUGGUACUAUUGAUACUUCAAGUGCUCCAUCAGGCAUUGGAAGUUCUCUAUCAAGCGGUGCAAAAGGAAAGAGGAGUGACAGAGACAGAGAUGGAAAAGGGCAGUGCAGAGAAGUGCUAUCAAGAAAUGGAACCACCAAAGUUGGUAGGCCAGCAUUAUCUAGUGCUAAGGGAGAAAGGAAACCCAAAACAAAGCCUAAGCAGAAAGCAACUCAGCAUUCUGUUUCUGUAAAUGGCCUCCUUGGCAAGCUAUCAGAGAAACCUAAACCAGCAUUGCCUUCUGUUUCAAAGUCUAAUGAAAUGUCUGCAAAUAGCAAUGCGAAGGAAAAGGAUGAGUUUGGCUUGGGUGAAUUGGAUGAACAUGAGUCUAUUGAUUUGUCCAACCUGCAGCUACCCGAAAUGGAUGUACAUGGUGUUCAUGAUGAUCUUGAUGACCAAAGUCAGGAUCUUGGUUCAUGGUUGAAUAUUGAUGACGAUGGAUUGCAAGAUAAUGACUUUAUGGGCCUUGAAAUUCCCAUGGACGACCUUUCAGACUUGAAUAUGAUGGUUUGAAACCGGUUUUUUGUAUAGUACUGUUCAUUAUACCAAUGACAAAGGAAACAAAGUACCUUUAAGAAAUGAGUAGUUACAUAGGAUGGUUUUAUGGCUAAUCCUGCCAUUAAUUAGGUUAUAUAGAUUCUUUCCUUGACUCCCCUCUCCAAGUUUUUUUUUGAGUGACCUUUCCAGCUGUUUCGGAUUUUGCUCUUGUUGAAGUUCGUGACUUCCACUGUAAAGAUCUUUUUGUUCGAGGUACAAGUUAGUAUUCCUAGUGAUUAUAUGUUAGCAAACACUGUAUCCUGUUUGUAGCUCUUACAAAUCAGAGAACAAGGCCCUUGUACAUACAUUUAAUAUUUCUAAAAAA